AUGUCACGAUUAUCGGACCUCGUUCAGGACACCCGCCUCAGCACUUCAUUUGAGAAUAAUUUUACAAUCCACCACCACAACGAUUCAGACGAUGAGAAUCACGCUCGAUCGACAUGGCGACUAGAAUACUGGAAGGAUACGGAUCAUCUGGGCCGCGGCGGCUGUGGCGAAGUCUGGUUGCAAGAGUGCGUCCGGGGUGGGAAACGAGGAAACGACAGGCGUGCUGUCAAGGUCAUCCCUUGGCGAAAUCUCAAAGACAAGAGGGAAAAAUACAUGACUGAGCUCGAAGCCAUUGCUAAGUUCUCGCAAAAACGCUAUUCAAAGUGCUUUGUCAAACUCCUUGGGUGGUACGACACCGAUUCCAGUCUUUAUAUCGCCAUGGAAUACUUUCCUCUUGGUGAUUUACAGAAGUAUAUGGCCAACGCUGGCCCCAUAAAUGAGGCAGAUGCACGAGAAAUAUCGCUCCAGGUGCUUGAAGGGUUGUCUUAUAUGCACCGACAAGGGUUCGCUCAUCGGGACAUUAAGCCCGGUAACGUUCUUAUUAGGUCCCAACCACCAAAGAGUAAGUGGUGGGUCAAGAUCAGUGACUUCGGCAUCAGUAAGCGCGUUGAAGGGUCGAUGAAUGCAGUAUCAAGCGUCAGGGGCACAAUACCGUACAUGGCUCCGGAGCUCCUCUGGCAUGAACCAAACACUUCGGCCCCUAUUAACCACCAGGCGGCCGACAUGUGGGCGCUUGGCGAGAUGGCCUACCGCAUACUGACCCAGACGGCCGUUUUUCCUACCCAGAAUUCCCUCGUGAAUUAUCUAGUGAAUACAAGCUUGUUUCCCAUAGAAAAGCUCUGCCAGCAAGAUGCAAGCCCAGACGCCACUUCCUUUAUUCGCUCGCUCAUGGAACCUCAUCCUGAUAAGCGCCUCACGGCGGAAAAGGCAAUGGAGCAUGCCUGGCUUACAUCUAUGAAGGACCAUCGGCCGCAUGUCUCUAAAUCGCCAGCACUUGCAUCAUUGUAUGCUUUGUGA